AUGGUAAAAUUUACAGAUGACAGUACUGCUUGGGAUCUCAAUUUUGUCAGAAAUCUGAAAGAAGAGGAAGAGCGGAUGGUAGCUGAAAUGCUGGGUCAAAUACAUAAUCCAAAUCUAGCAAACAAUGGAGAUGAUUUCCUCUCUUGGAAUCCUGGUAAUUCUUUCUCUGUUAAAUCCGGUUAUGUUGCAAUUGAAGUAGAUGGUUACAUAAGAUUUCCUCACAAAAGUUUGUGGAAUCCUAGAAUUCCACAAAAAGUGAUCUUUUUCACCUGGAAUCUUUGUUACAAUGCUGCUCCUACACUAGAUACUCUUCAUAAUUCAAUUGUUCUUAAUGGGUGCAUAAUGUGUAAAAAAGCUGUUGAAUCCAAUCAACACCUGUUUUUGCAUUGUGAUGAAACAAGAAAACUCUGGAAUUUUUUCUUCACUAGUUUGGGUUUUCAGAGAAGAUAUAAGAGCAACCAUGUGGGAAUGGAAUAA